AUGAUUGCUGGGUGGUGUUACGAUUCUGUCUCUUCCAGCGGGUGCAGACAACCACCAGGGACAUGCAAGCUACGCCAUGACAUUACCAAGUGCAGCUGCGGACUUGUUCUUUACACAUACAGCUAUGAAAGCCAUAUACAUGGCCGACGCCAUCAGCAAAUCUUUGCGGGGAUCCAACCUCCUGUUUCGAGGCGGAGGACGGGUGCUCGGACGAAGCAACAGUGUCCUCACUGUCGUCCCAGUCGAGAAUAUCGGGAGAACGAACUCCAGGCUCAUAUUGCGACGCAUACGGUCCAAGAACGAUUGCAGACGGCCCUGGAGGAUGCUCAGAGAGAUAAGUAUGGUAUCGUCGUGUCCGGCCCCGAGGGUAUCGACUUUGGAAUCAUUGAUGAGGCCAAGCAACAGUCGGCGAUGGUCGUAGCACUGGUUCAAAGGACGAAUCAAGAUGAUACGGCCGUACCAAUUUCGUUGACGAAAUGCAGGAUGCUUUCUUCUCAGAGGCAGGAUGAGCCCGGUGACAAGUUUUCUGUUACUGUGGCCCCAACGUCAAGAUUCAUACGCUCCGGCCAACCUCACAAGAUCUUUAUCACGUUCCAUCCAUCCUAUGCCGGGCGUUUUGAAGAUACCCUAGAACUAGUAUUCUUCGAUAUUUCCCAGCGCCGCCGUUUUGUCAUCCAGCGAAAGGUCUGCGCUACCGUCGGCGACCUUGCUGAUCAUAAACAACUCGCACCCAAGGCACUCUAUACUCAGCGGAAGUGUCGUAACAUCGAGCUAGACGGCCCAAUCAAACAUAGCCUCCGUCCGCCCACUUGGACCCCGACGAAAUGGGUGUCCAAGCUUCCCCAAUUUGACAUUCCUCAGAAACUUGUGUCAACAUUGUACACUCCAGAAGGGUACUUGAAAAAGUCUGCCCUGCAGGAUGUCAAGCAAUUUUUACCGUCGUCGUUCACCACGCCCACGUACGCGCAGCACUUUCAGACGCUCGUUUAUCUGGAAGAGCAGCAGAUGAAGCUAGAUCUGGACGACUACUCGAUGGAAAAUGUCGAGAUCAAAGCAAAGUACCCCAGAUAUGAACUUCAAGUAGAAGGCCUGUCCGAAGGUCGGCCAUCUGUCGUCGUUGGAGACUUCAUCCUUAUCCGUCCUGUCGGGCAACCGGAUAAAACCUGGUUUGAAGGGCGGGUGCAUAGUGUGGCCAUGAGGCACGUUAGUCUCCGCUUAAGUGAUGACUUCAACACGUAUCGCGGAACCAAAUUUGAUGUACGAUUCGUCUUGAAUCGUCUAUCCUUCCGUCGAAUGCACCGUGCCUUGGUUAAUAAGAACGAUCCUGCUCGAUUGCUGUUCCCCGGGCCUGAACACUUGACGAUGGCGAGACCUGUCACCUCGGCUAUGUUGGAAGAGAUCGCACCUCUAAACCGUGACAUUGGAAGGAACAGGGAACAGCUGGAGACCGUGGCGGCUAUCGUACAUCAGCAAAGGGGAAGUGUGCCAUUCAUCGUGUUCGGACCUCCAGGUACAGGCAAAACGGUGACCAUUGUCGAAGCUAUAGAGCAGCUCCUCAAACGUGAUCCCAACUCCCGAAUCCUAGCAUGCACGCCGAACAACUCUGCCGCCGACCUCAUCGCACAGAAGCUGAUGCACCUUGGUCCGACAGAUGUGUUCCGUUUGAACUCCAUGACCCGAAAGCUCGGUGACCUCCCCAAGACGCUCCGCAAAUUCUCCCUCACCAACGACAACGAAGUAUUUGCGAUGCCGGCCCUAGAAAGAGUUCUCAAGUACCGGGUGGUUGUCUCGACAUGCAUCUCUGCUGGUGCUCUUCCCGACUUGGGUGUGAAACUAGGUCAUUUCACGUGCAUCUUCAUAGACGAGGCGGGCCAGGGGAAGGAACCGGAGAUCAUGAUACCUAUCAAGGGCUUGGCGAAUAAACAUACCAAUGUAGUGUUGGCAGGAGACCUGAAACAAUUGGGCCCUAUUGUCCAUUCGAGGCUAGCGAGGGAUUUGGGGCUGAAGGAGAGCUAUUUGGCGCGGCUGAUGCAAAGACCGUGUUAUGGUUUGUCGCCGUGGGAUGGCGGCGUCAGUGGCGGACUUGGUGUCACGAUCAUGCAGCUCGUCAAGAAUUUCCGCUCUCAUCCUGAUAUUCUGGCGUUCCCGAACGAAAAGUUCUACGGGAACCAACUUCAAGCUUGCGGUGAUCCCUUGUUGACGAAGAGCCUGGAAACUACGGAUGAGCUCCCGACGAAGAGGUUCCCGAUUGUCUUCCACUCUGUGGUCGGGCGAGACCAGAGGGAGUCGUCGUCGCCGUCGUUCUUCAAUAUUAGCGAGGCGACGCUUGUGAAGAAGUACUGUGCGUCGUUGAUUGCGAAGAAGGGAAUACGUGCUGAGCAUAUCGCUGUCAUUACCCCAUAUCAUGCCCAGAGGAUGAAGAUCCUCGAUCUAUUCCAUCGAGAUGCAAAGUUGAGUGAUAUUCGUGUGGGGAGUGUUGAAGAAUUCCAGGGACAGGAACGUCGAAUCAUCAUCAUGUCCACCGUUCGGAGUAAUGCAGAGUUCAUUACUUCAGACAUUCGGCGGACUCUCGGGUUUGUCGCGAGUCCACAUCGGUUCAAUGUCGCUGUGACCCGUGCUCAAGCCCUUCUUGUUGUCAUCGGCAACUCAGAUGUAUUGGCCCUUGACCCAUUAUGGCGGUCGUUCAUGAAUUACAUUCAUAUCAAGGGUGGAUGGCGUGGACACCGGAUUUCGUGGGACCCGAAGGCCAAUGUGGAUGAUUUUGCUGAGGGUGUGAGGAGUAAGGCUGCUGGGGAUGCUGAAGAGACCAUGGCGCGAUUGAAGGCUCUAAUCGUGAGCGUGGGCGAAGGAGGUGAUGCUAUCCCUCUCGCGGAUAGUGACGCCGACGAAAUCGACGGAGGCCUCGGUGAUGGAUUGGUCUUGAGAGAGGAGGACUGA